AUGGGAACAGGGUGGUGGUGGUUGUGCGUCUUGGGGAUUGUUGCUGCUCCGUGUCGGGGCAUUAAACAAUGUCUGAAUGGGAUUACAAUCAAUGUGGUCCUGCUGGAAGAUGACGAGUCUCCCUGGAGUCUGAGGUUUGUGAAGGACAAAAUACUGGAGGCCAUUGAGACAGACUCAACCAUUAAUACUGCAGAAGGGACAGGGUUUAAUCUCACAGCUAAAUUUGGCGGUAUCAGACCGACCUUUUAUCGACACACGGGCUGCCAGAGCAGCGCGUGUGAGGGAGUGGACGAGUUAAAGAGCCUGAUGAACGAGGACUCCCUGGGAUGUGCCGUGCUCGGUCCCACCUGCACCUACGCCACUUUCCAAAUGUUUGAUCUGGAAAAAGGUCUGAAGCUCAGCACGCCCAUCAUGUCGGCGGGAAGCUUUGGUCUCUCCUGCGACUACACGCUCAACCUGCAGCGCCUCCUACCACCAGCGCGCAAGAUUGACAACUUCUUCGUCAAGUUCUGGGAAGACGACAACCAGAUCAAACCUGAGUGGGAGACGGCCUAUGUUUACAAGAAACAGAUCAACACUGAGGAUUGCUUUUGGUAUAUUAAUGCACUGGAUACAGACUCAAGCAACUUUACCCAAAAUGUUCGGAGAACGGUGCUGCGCAAACCAGAUGACCUGAAAAAAGUACUGUCAUCACCAAAGAACAGGACAAGCAACCUGUUUAUCAUGUGUGGAUCACCGGUGGAUGUAGCAGAGGUGAAAAGAUGCUCCAAAGAGGCCGACGGCAGCGAUAUUCUCUUCAUCCUUAUUGAUCUUUACAAUGAUCAAUACUACACCAACACAUCGUCAAUGCCAUGCAUGAAGAACGUGUUGGUACUGACUAUGCCAAACACCAGAAACUACACAAUCAACACAGACGUGAAGAACAACACGAUGAACGAUUACAUGGCCGCGUACCAUGAUUCAGUGCUGCUGAUAGGCGAAGUGAUGAGGGAAAUUGCUAAAAAACCUCAGUCAGAGAUUCAGCAGAUGGAGUUUGUCAAUGUGAAUUACUUCAGAAACAUCUCCUUUAAUGGAAGUGCUGGAAACUACAAGCUGGACAAGCACGGAGACAGAGACGUGAACCUCUCCGUCAUUUACACCUCAUCUGACAACAAGUACAAACAUUUAUUCACAUUCGACACGGAGCUCAAAGUAACCAAAGUGGUUGAGACGAACCCUUCCUUCAUCUGGGGAAAGAAACUUCCUAAUUUCAGACCAGACGAAGACCCGGCAUUUUAUAACGCCAUUGUCAUCGUGUUGGCUGUUACAGUGGUGGUGGUGGCAACCAUCGCCUUCAUUUUCUACAGACAGAACAAGAGAGAACGCCAGGUCAGGAGGCGCUGGUUCCACAUCUCUUCUGAUCUCGUCACACUGCUGGAGAACAACCAGCACAAUGUCAUCUCUCUGAAGAUUGAAGAUGAGAGGAAAAUCAUGAAAUUCCAGAUCCGCCGUGCGCUCUACGAUAAGAAGAUUGUGAUUCUGAAGGAGCUGGAGUACUCAGAUGAGGACUUUACCCGGAUGAUAGAACUUCACGCGCUCAAGCAAAUCGACUAUUACAACCUCACAAAGUUUUAUGGCACAGUGAAGAUUGAUCACAGUGUGUUUGGAGUGUUUGAGUACGGAGAGAGAGGGUCGCUCAGGUAUGUGCUGAAUGACAAGGUUUCGUACCCAGAGGAGACCUUCAUGGACUGGGAGUUCAAGAUCUCCGUCAUGUACGACAUCGCCAAGGGCAUGUCCUAUCUCCAUGCCAGUCACAUCCAGGUGCAUGGUCGCCUCAAGUCCACCAACUGUGUGGUGGACAAUCGCAUGGUGGUGAAGAUCACAGACUUUGGGUGCAAUAGCUUUCUCAGCCUCGGCAAAGACUUGUGGACUGCUCCGGAGCACCUGAGGAGACAGGGCACCUCUCAGAAAGGAGACGUGUACAGCUUUGCCAUCAUCGCUCACGAGAUCGUUCUCAGAAAGUGCACCUUCUACACCGAGAGCUGCUCCGACCGAGCAGAAAAGCUUGACAAGGUCAUCAUGUCCUACUUCAGACCUGAUCUUAACUUUGAGACCGCUUCGGAGAAAGAAUUAGAGGUGUACAUGUUGAUAAAAAGCUGUUGGGAUGAGGAUCCAGAAAAAAGACCUGACUUUAAGAGGGUUGAAAACUGUCUGGGGAAAAUAAUCAGUAAAAUUCACAACCAGGACAAUGAGAGCUACAUGGAUAACAUGAUAAGAAGACUGCAGAUGUACUCCAGAAACCUGGAGCACCUGGUGGAGGAGAGGACGGCCCUCUACAAAGCUGAGAGGGACAGAGCGGACUGCCUCAACUACAUGCUGCUUCCUGGCCCGGUGGUGAAAAGCCUGAAGGAGACCGGUGUGGUGGAGCCAGAGCUGUACGAGGAAGUGACGAUAUACUUCAGUGACAUCGUCGGUUUCACCACGCUGUGCCAGUACAGCACACCGAUGGAAGUUGUGGACAUGCUCAACGACAUCUACGGGGGCUUUGACAGCAUCGUCGACCACCAUGACGUGUACAAGGUGGAGACGAUUGGCGACGCCUACAUGGUGGCCUCUGGGCUCCCAAAGCGAAAUGGGAACAGGCACGCAGUGGAUAUCUGCCGCAUGGCGCUGGACAUCUUGAAGUUCAUCUGUAACUUCCAGCUCCGACACCUGCCUGGCAUCCCGGUGUGGAUACGCAUCGGCGUUCACUCAGGUCCCUGUGCUGCCGGUGUCGUGGGGAUAAAGAUGCCCAGAUAUUGUUUAUUUGGAGACACAGUCAACACGGCGUCUCGUAUGGAGUCUACUGGACACCCCCUGCGGAUCCACGUCAGUCAGCCCACUAUAAAUAUCCUGCAGAGGACAGAGUGCAAGUUUGAGUAUGAGAUCAGAGGAGAAACGUGUGCGAAGGGUAAAGGCACAGAGACAACCUACUGGUUGACAGGUGAGAAAGGCAAAGACUACGACCUCCCAGCUCCACCCACAACUGAGAACUUCCAGCGGCUCCAGCAGGACCUCGCCAACAUGAUCCUGACGUGCCUGGAGCGGCGCUCUCGAGGCUCCAUCCGGAGGAAGAAGCCGCUCUCGAGUCAGAGCAAGGAGGAAGACGAGAACCAGGAAUCAGAGGUGGAGUCUGAGGGCGACCUCCCCGAGUACCUGCAUCUGGCCACUGUGGAUAACACCCUCAGUACAUUCCUGUAGCACAGACCUACUGUAGAGUACAUUACUGUCUGUCGGUUAUUACACCACUCUCAAAGACUGGGAAAGGCAGAGGCGGAGACUGUAUUUGGUUAAUGUCCAGACUACAUCCAAGUGUUAACGUAAAAGUGGAACUUUCUCCUGCAUAUUCUUGUCAGGUUCAUUGAUAGUUCAGUUUUUUUUUGG